AUGCCAUCCGACAUUCAGGUCUUCGUGAAAUGGAAAGACCAGACUAUAUUUGCGGGCGAGAACGUGGAAUGUACAAUUACGUUCAAGAACGUGGCUGACACAAGCGCCGAACCCAAUGUCGAGGUUCAACAUUCAAGGAAAGGGUCUCGAGUCGCGAACCACACGAACCACACGAGCUCGAAUUCCGAAUCUUUCUUUGGCUUCAACCUCCCUGGUCGACGUUCCUUCUCUAUCAGCUCUCAGCGAAAACCCUACCAUCGAACAGCUUCGUCGCUGAACACCCCGUUGACCCCCGGCUCACAUAGCUUCCCCCCAAACAACGGCCCCUCUACGCCCCGGACUUGGCAACCCGGUCACAGCCAUAAACGCUCUGUCUCUAUCCUUUCAAUUGAUAGUGAAGGUCAAACCGAUCCAUCGCCUUCCCCGCUUCAGCACCAUUCCAGCCGACCCAAACCAGUCAGGGGCCAUGGACGCUCAGCGAGUCUUCAGGUUCCGCCGAGGAGGAACAACAGCUACGAUGACACUUACAAGAAAGCGCGAACCCCCACUCAUGCAUUUCCCUUUCCAUUAGCGGAAUCGCAAAGCGAGCACCCCAACGGCAGUCUCAAAGUCGAUACCUCCCACUUAGGUCGAGCCAGCCGCCCUGGCUCGUUAGCAACCAGCCCAUUGGGGCCACCAGAGCCAUUGCGCCCCCCUGUACGACGGCCACACCCUCCUCCACUCGAUUUCAAGUUUCCAGCUGCGCCCUCGACGGACUCAGCCAGUCGCGGGCCGCGCACUCCAUCCCCACGAUCUGCGACUACCGCCGGUACCACAUCGACAGCUGGAAGAUCAACGGUGACAGAAGGACAGGGACUGACUGGACCCGCGCAUCAACAAUUGACCCGGAUCAUAUCGGCCACGAGCGCAAAUGGGAGUAGUCGCAGCAGUGGAGAGUUCUACUCCAUCAGCGGCCAUUCGUCCGAAACCUUGGGAUCGGAGUACACGAAUUUCUCGGCCCAGGGUGCACGAGCUCCUCCUCCCAUGCGGCAUGGACGCCAUGCCAGCUUUGCGGCAUCCCCUUCAAAAGCUCCAAACAGCCAGGCGCUGUUGAUGGGCUAUGCACAAGUGAGCGCAUCCUUCACCGUCGAUGGUUCACUGGUAAACCAGUCGGCGUUUGAAGAGGUGAAACGGAAGGGAGUCGUGGGUGGACAGGCAGGCUCAGGAGGAUUGCCUGGUCGUCCCAAUCCAACCGCAGAGCGUCCCCGUAAAUCCGGCGGGUUCUGGGGCGCGCUUAAGUGGAAUUCCAUCGAAGAAUCUAUCAACGGUCUUCUUUCCAACAACGAGCUGGAUGGAUUGCGCGACAUGCGCGGCGUAUCAUCUGAGCGUUCGAUCCCGCUGUUGUCAACCUCACAGUCACUCCUCUUCGUCGAUCUUCGACUUGCACCUGGAGAAGAACAGUCUUACUCUUUUUCUUUCUCCCUACCUAAAGGACUCCCGGCGAGCCACAAAGGAAAGGCGAUUAAAAUAUCAUAUAAUCUUGUCAUCGGCACGCAACGACCUAGCGGGCCAAAUGAGCCCCAAAAGGUCAAUCGGAUCAAUAUUCCCUUCCGCGUGUUUAGCGGCGUUAAUGAGAAAGGAGAUGUCCUUGGGCAUGACCUCAUGUCACCAUAUGUGAUUCUACGCGAUGAAGCGAAGGUGCAAAAGGUCGGGCCUGUUCUGCCUGUCAAACCUCACAAUGAAAGCAUCAGCAAAACACAUCACUCCGCCACGGACUUUUUGGGUUACGUGGACGAAAUCCUGGCACAGCGUGCGCGCUCAAACACACUUUUCCCGCCUGGUGCCUCACCGGAAAGACGAGCCAGCAUAGACGGAUUGCCGCAGAUGCUGACGAGCAAGGACAUGAUUGAUUUUGCCAUCCUCCGCAGCAACCAGGCGGUUAAUUCCCGGCGCAGUCCCAACCGCUUUGAGAUUGCCCGUGAAGGCCAACGGAUUGCAGUGGUUGUCUUGAAUCGACCUGUCCAUAGGCUAGGAGAGACCAUCAUCGCCACUUUGGACUUUGGCAAUGCUACAAUACCAUGCUACGCAGUCCGAGCCUCGUUGGAGACAUCUGAGAAGGUGACCCCCACCCUGGCCAUUCGGUCUAACGCGAGCAUACACCGGACUACACGUCGUAUCCACGCUUCUCUCUUCGAGAACACCCUUCAUGCAACUCGCGUGGCCUUUAGCCCUGCAAUUCCCAUUUCCGCCACUCCAUCUAUUCUCACGAGCGGUGUAACUUUGGAUUGGGAAUUACGAUUUGAGUUUGUUACAUCCAAUGCGCAUCGCGAAGUAGGUCCCGGUCCAUCUGGGGCUCGCUUACUUGAGGCUUUAUCGUCGGAUGAUCGAGGAACGGUCGUUUCUGCCAUGGAGCAUCUUAACUGCGACUCGUUCGAGAUCGCCAUCCCUUUGACUGUAUAUGGAGAGACUGUGCGAGAGCGUCUGCCUGAAGAGAAGGAAGGCUACUCAAUCUGA